GUGCCAGCAACUUCAGAUCUCUUAUUCAAGGAUGGUGGCGGUGGCACAGGACGCUUUGGCGUUGUGCAGAAUGAGAGCUGCCUCCAUUUUGCAGAAGAGGUGUCCCUUGCAAACGAAUUGGUCGACUCCAUUGUGCCAGAUUGGUGCCCCGUAUUCACCUAGCUGCAAAUUGCUUCCUGCCGAUUUCAAAGGCACUGCGAGGUCGAGCCCAGAGAAUGUUGCAAGGACAUAUGCACCUCUGCAGGGGAGCUUGCGUUUCAUUUGUCACUCUAGAGGACUGCCUGUUACGUUUCAAGUUACGCCACAAGUCCUGCAAUCGCAGUGUGUGCUCCAGUUCUUAGCCCCUGAGCCCGUUGCUUGGAGUGGCACCAAGCGAUGUCAUCACGCCAGCAGGCUAGUACAGUGCACAUCAAAGGCAGGAGACUGGACCGACGGGGUUCAUUCUGCAUCGCCACCAGCUUCCAUUGAAUUGCCACCUUUCAGCACACAGGCCAUCGAAUGGCCCAGUCCCACUGCAGAAGCUGAACUGUUGGCAUUGGAGCAGCUGGACUGUAUCUUUGUUUUGGGAGGCGGGCAGACAAACAAUGGAGGUGUCCCGUUAUGGGUUCAGAGGAGGCUUGACGCUACAUACAGGGCUUACGUGGCUCAGGAUAAGCGGUGCCCCAUUAUUGUCAUGGGGGGCGGUACAUCACAUAAACCCCCUGUGCUCAACAAAGACGGGUACGUGAUCCACGAAGGGACAUCAUGUGCAGCCUACCUGACGGAGAAGCACGGGGUACAUCCAGACCACAUCCUCAAAGAAUGGGCUUCAUAUGACACGAUUGCAAAUGGCUACUUUGCCCUGACGGCACACGCCAUCCCCCGCGGCUGGCGACGCAUCAUGAUGGUGACGUCAGCCUUCCACUUCGAGCGCUCCCGGCUCAUCUUCGAGUGGAUGUUCGGCCUUCAGGGCGCCGGGGCGGCUUUCCACAACGACUCCGCCUCCGCCUCCGCCUCCGCAAACGGAACCGGCGAGUUUGGCGCACUCAGAAUCGAGUCCCACAAUGGGGAUGAUUCCAGUGGGCGCGGUUUGGUUGGACAUGAGGCAAGUCAAGUUGCAAGCAGUUUUGACGGAAACGGAGAAACUAGCGAUGAGGGAAAUGUAGGCGGGAUGAACGGGGGUGCGGUUGCGAGAACACCUGGCAGCCAAGGGUUCUCGAUGCACUACCUGCGGGCGUCGGACGAGGGGAUAGAUGCUGACGUCAUCCAGGCUCGACUACAAAAAGAGGCAAGCAGUAUACGAAAUCUGCAAAAAAAUCUGAUCCCCCGUAUUCGGACCCUCCCUGAGAUGCACCGCUGGCUUCACAUAGAGCACAAAGCAUACAACGUUGCGGAUCAGGCCGCCUUUGGGGAGGACCCGGCCAAAGUUAAGGACCCAGCACUAGCUUCGUAUUGAGAUUACGAGUAUGAGUUGCCGCGAUUCUUCUGAUUCAGUGCCUAAGCUGAAUACCAGUAAGCUCCAUCGUCGGAUACUAGCUAGCGAGGGCACGGCGCCCAAGGCUUAGCACGACUUCCCAAUUGCAAACCUGCGCGGCGCAGCAUCCGAGUAGUAGGCUGCAGAUCUUACGUAUCGAAUCAGAGGUGCUGAGGACAUGGGGCUGCCGCUCAGCUAGAGUGACCCGCAACGCGCUAGCAGCUCACUAGCUGCGAGCAAUUUUUUGAUAACAAACAAACUGCACGCGUGACUCAUGGACUUCAAUCACUUUGGAUAAGAAUUGUAAAGGUAUACUAAUAGACCACGCAGAUGUGUACCCAGCGACGGUGCCAUUUAUUAUAUAGCACAUAGGCUGGGCUUUGCAUGUUUCUCAGUACAUAGGCUGGGCUAUCCAUUUUUCAGUAUACAUACGGUAUGCAAUAUCUAAAAACUAAAGCAGAUAGGUCCACCGUCCGGCAUAAACAUGCACAUUAAAUAGUACAGUAGAGCUAGUCGCACAAUUUAAUGAGUCAG